AUGAAGUUCUUCGAAUUAUCAUUGUGGAUUGUGUUAUUAUCGAUGCUGAAUGAUGUUUCUGCGUGUUUGUGGGCUAAAGUGCACAAAACGACAUUGGUUCUUCCCACUGGUGAAGAUACUUCAGUACCAAAGCAAAUCGUCAUUCGAAACACCACCAGACAGGACAUUGUGCUCAAGAUAAAAUCCGAUGCACCAAGGGCACUCCAGUUUGAGGCAGAGAAAAUUGUGGUUGAUUCAAGGAAAUACGUGAUUGUCAACAUGGUAUUCAACGAAAAAGAGCUCGCCUCUUCUGCCAAGGGUUCAGCAUCAAUGAUUUACGUCUUUGCCAGACCUGUAACCAAAUACAACCAGGAGUGCCUUCGAAAAUGGUUGACUGAGGAAAACUGUGAAACAGCGACUCAGCUUGCGUUCGCCAUAGAAUUGCAUCUCACCAACUACGAGUUCUCAGCUAGCAAGUUGAUACUGGAUCUUCCUGGUUCCGCGUCGCUGAUUGACCCGAUUCCUUAUGCAAUUGACGCUCCACUUGAUAUCGACUGUAGAACUGGUAUCAAUAUCGAUGCUGACGCAAAUACAGCGACUGUAUUCGAUGACAGGGACUACAGAAGCGCACUCCGGGUUCAGGAAGAGAACAAAACACGGUGUGUCCUACUAGCUCCUAUCAUGGACAGGCUGUUCCCACCAGUAGCACAAACCACACAUGCGUAG